GGCUGGAUGGACACCCCCGGAGAAGGGGCGGCUUCGACCCAGGAACCGAAUUAGGUCCCAGGAGUGGCGCUGGGCGUGGAUCUCGAUUCCAGAAUGACUUCCACCCCUAUGAGAAAAGCCUCUUGGGUUCGUGGCAGAAGACUUAUGUUGGCGGCGGCACCACCAGCUCAGGCCUCUGUGACUUUUGAGGACGUGGCUGUGUACUUCACCAGAAGAGAGUGGGCUUUGCUGGAUCCCUAUCAACGGUAUAUAUACCGGAAAGUCAUGCAGGAGAAUUAUGACAACGUGGUUUCACUGGGAUGGCUAAACACAACUCCAAAGCUCAUCUCCCAGAUCCAAAAAGGAAAGAUGUUGUGGGUUCUCGAUCAGCAAGAAUUAGGACAAGGGGAGGUGCAGCCAAGUAACACUUCUGAUGAGAAAUUGGAUAUUCCAGUUUGCCGGAAACAGUUAAGUAGAGGAUCCAGCCCUGAAUUAUCUCUUUCCAGUUUAGUCUCGUUUUGCACAGAGGUUGAACAGCUGAGGGAGGAGGAACAAUGCCUUCAGAGAGAAAGUUCUCCACUGGAAAAACAAAGGAAAUCAUUGCAGCAGAGUAAAAAUAGGCUUUCCCUUUCUAUAAAGAGAAGAAAAGACUCUGGAAUACAGUCUGGAACCAAGAAGACCCAAAGUGAACACAAUCAGAAGAAAGCCAGUUCUUGUGAGGAAAACAACCAGAACGUCCUUAGAACGAUAGUCCAAGAGACGUGUUGCAGGGGUGAAACUUCAGAUGUAUGUGAAGCAGGGAGCUCUGCUUCUCAUCCAGCAGCAUCACCAUUUCAGUGCUUCAUCUGUGGGAGAAUUUGUCCCCACAAUGCAGCCCUUAUAGCACACCUGAGAUCACACGCUCGAGAGAAGCUUUACACGUGUCUUGAUUGUGGGAAGAAGUUCAGCGGGAGAGCAAAUCUUAAUAGGCAUGAGAAAAUUCAUUCAGGAGAGAAGCCGUACCCCUGCUCUGGUUGUGGGAAAAAGUUCCUUGACAAAGAACAUCUUCUUUGUCAUACAAAAACUCAUUCCGGUGAGAAACAUUACCCAUGCUCACAUUGUGGGAAAAAGUUUAUUUCCAAAGCUCAUGUUGUUAGGCAUGAAAAGAUCCAUUUAGGACUGAAGCUGUUUGCUUGCUUAUACUGUGGGAAAUGUUUCAGAGAGAGAGAACACCUUCACGUUCACGAGAGAAUCCACACGGGAGAAAAACCGUACAAGUGCUCAGCUUGUGGAAGAAGCUUCAAUUGCCUGUCAAACUUUAACCGGCACAAGAAAAUUCAUGGAGGAGAAAAACCACAUAAGUGUUCAGAUUGUGAGAAAAGCUUCAGAAAUAUUUCAGACCUUAAACUUCAUGAGAGAGUCCACACCGGUGAGAAACCUUAUCAGUGCUCUGACUGUGGGAAAAGCUUCAGUACGGGUCCCAACUUUAUCAGUCAUCUGAGAACCCACAAAAAAGAAAAGCCGUAUAAAUGUCCGGAAUGCGGCAGAUGUUUAAAGCACAAAUUCUCCUUGAUGAAACAUCAGCGAAUACAUAAGUAUAAAUGCCUCGACUGUGGGAAAAGUUUCAGCCAAAGCUCACUCCUUGAACGACACAGAAGAAAACAUACUGGCGAGAAACCAUUUCAGUGCACACACUGUGGGAAAUGCUUUGACCGCAAAUCUUCCCUGGUUAUACACGAAAGGAUUCACACAGGAGAGAAGCCGUAUGGCUGUUCAGGGUGCGAGAAAAGCUUUGUUACCAGAUAUAAACUAAAUCAGCACGAGCAGAUCCACAGAGGAGAGAAACCAGAGACCUGUUUUGUGAACAGUGAAGCUAUAUAUUGAAAACUCGUAUGAAAUAUACCAUUUUUUCAGUCUUUACUGCAUGGGGCACCAUGUUCCAUGUGUUGGCCACUGUGAGGUUCAGCAGAGAAAAUUCCUUCAUUAGGCACAUCUAGUGCCAUUGGAAUUGCCUGUCAAUCUUGAUUUUAACCAUGGGAUCCCUGACACCGGCCUUGUCUUUUGCUCAGCUUUCUUCUGCUGCUUUCUGGGCCACAACGCACAAGCCAGGCUCAAAAUGAUAGUCAAGAGCGAAAGUCAAGACAGCAGAAUAAUUUGCUUUAGUUACACCAGGAGCUCUUUCUAUAGGUUUCAUUGUGAAACAAUCCAGAUUUACACGUCUGCUCUGUAAUUUAUUAUAUAGGGAAGGGAAGGAACACCGAGCAACUGAAGAGGGUUGGAGCCUUCAGCAAGGAAGAAGCAAAAGGAACAGAAUAAUAGCAGUAUGGGUAUAGUUCAUUGCACCAAGCAGACAGUCUUUGUCUUCGCUGAAGGAACUGAAAAUCUCUGUAUUGGUGGAGCAGGAUUUUGAGUUUUGUUGGUAGCCACUGGGGAGACUUCCAUCAAGGAAGUCUUGACAGUUUUUGUACUACCACCUUUCUGUCACUCUUCAGAAGCAUGUGCUUGGUCAUUUCCCUCUCUGGCCCUACACACACACACACACGCUGGCCAGCAUUUCUAUAAAGCAAGUGUGCACAAUUUCUUUAGGCUAAAGGGCAAGUCCUGCCAGCUCCAUUUCAAAACAUAGCACCAUGGGGGAAAAAAGCCUGCAUUUGACUCAGUAUAAUUGGAGUUGAGUUAAAAUAAUUGGAGUUAAGAGUUUAAAUACAAGGAGUCCCUAGACAUUACAUUAUUCUUCCUUUCUGUUGCAUGAAAACUUACAUUUGAUGACCCUUUUCUGGGACAGUCUCUUAGGGCUGUGCUUCAGUUCAGAGGUGGCUUUCCAUCUGGACGCUCAGUUGAUACGCUUCCACUGAAGACUCAGCAUUUUGGGGCAAGAGAGAAAGAAACGUCAUGCAAAAGCUCCUUCCUCUUCAUUGGGGUCUUUCUUUCCAGCAGGGCAAUUGAGCACCUGCUCUUGGACUUCCUUCCAGAGGACCAUCGUCCAAGAGCAGACAUGGGCAGCAUUUUCACCUGAGAGCUACAACCCACCUUCCCCAUCUGCUAGUGGCCCACAGGAGGCCCUUUCAAUGAAGCAAUGACAUCAGUGGCCAAAAUGUUCACUCCUUAAUGUUUUUGGAGAGUUGGGGUGGGAUUUGAAACAAUGGAAGUUGGUUCUUUGGACUCUCAGCACACCUAUAUCUACUUACACUGUUCAGAUCCCACCCUUGGCCACUGAAUGUUGUUGGUACAAUCUCAGGGUGCUUUGAGGACCGGGGAGCUACAUUUUGGACACCUGUUGCCUGCCCUUACCUUACAGGUUGGUGGCUCUACUUUGAAGGUUGCUGUAAUCUCUGGCAAGGAGAACAUCAAUCACUACAAGAAACAGUUGAGAUGAACAGAUACUGAUAGAAAGCUUUAGUCAUCCUUUAAGCUUGAUAAGAGAUAACAGAGAGCCUACCAGUGAGAAACCAGUUAAGUGGGAAAUAUUUCAGGCCACAAUCAAAUGUUUAAGGCAGUGUUUCUCAACCUCGGCAACUUUAAGA